GGCGAGAGGUUCCGUGUGAUGCGCCGCGGGUGCAGCACCGUCAAGAAAGGAGCCAAGUUCUACUGCUCGGACGCGCCGGACUUCGCAAAUUUCGACUUCAAAGCGCGUCAGGCGGUGGCGAAAGCGGUGGCACCGGGGUUCAAUUUGCCUAAUGUAAAGGAGGACGGGCCACCCAAAGCGGGGAUCGUCAUGGUCGUGUACCCGAGCUUGUUGGCCAGCGCCUAUGCUUCAGUGCGAACGUUGAGGGAGGUGCUCAAGUGUCGACUGCCUAUUGAGAUUUGGUACAGAACGGACGAGUUGAGGAGGGUGCCUGGAGCACUGGAACCACUCAAGGAGCUGGCGGAGAAGGAUGGAGCAGACGGGAUCACGUUUCGGGAGAUUAAAGACAAGCGAGCUCUUCGCUUUGCAGCCAAAGUGCACGCAGUGUACAACAGCAACUUCGACCAGGUGCUGUUCCUGGAUGCGGAUAACGUUCCCGUGCGUGAUCCGGCGUAUCUGUUUGAAUCGGCGGAGUUUGUGAGGACCGGCGCUGUCUUCUGGCCGGACUUUUGGCACCCGCAGUACACCAUUUUCCACAUCAUGGGCGACUCAUUGCUGUGGCAGCUGCUGGACAUGCAGUACGUCAACAUGUUCGAGCAGGAGAGCGGCCAACUGCUCAUUGAUCGUCGCCGCAAUGCAGCUACGAUGGAACUCGUGAAUUUCUUCACGUUUCACAGUCCCAACCAUUUCGAGCAGCUUAAACUCGUGUAUGGCGACAAGGACCUCUUCCGAUACGCGUGGAUUAAGCUCAAUGUCCCGUUCUCCAUGAUCCAAACAGCGCCUGCUGUGGCGGGCAAGGUCGUGAAUGAGUCUUUCUGCGGUAUGACAAUGGUCCAGCAUGACCCCAAUGGCGACGUGCUGUUCCUUCACCGCAAUUCCAACAAACUAACGGGCAAACUCAAGCGACAAGAGAUCAACUACGACGUUGAAGCGCGCAAGCAGGCUCGACUGAAGCUGCUCGACAAAGGGGUCCCAGUUGUGCUGAACGACGAACUUGUACAAGUUGAACGCGAGAUUUUGAUGCGAACGCCUCCACCCACUUUGGAGCCACCAGAGCCCGACAACCUCCCUGACCCAGCCAUGUGGACGCACUUGUGGUCGUUCCGCAACACCUCACGUCGCAUCGACUACAGAAUUCGCUCUUACAGUGCCGAGCCUGACUUUCCAGAGUGGCAGCGGUGCUACGGCCAGCGUGACAUCAGCGGCAACGAACACUUCUACGCCCAGAAGAUCGCCGGCUUCAGCUUUUCAGGGCUCGAGACCCACCUACGGCGUUUUGCAAUGGAAGGGGCUCAACAGCUUGAAAAGUUUCAAGCCUCCAUGAAGACCACGUAGCCCCGAUUGAGAGCGCGUAUGUAGAAUAAAUCUAAAUUAUGUAGACGGUAGAUAUCUCUAUUGUCACUACAACUACACUGUUCGAGUGUUCAAUCUCGCGUAACGUUUGUCGGCUGCCCUCCUACCCACGCGAUGCUCUGAGCAUGCCGAAGUCGAGCUGCUUCCAUUGCAAAUCGGCGAACGUCCGUCUCGAUCCCGGCGAAACUCAAGUUCGCGAUCUCCCGCAGCUCGAAUAACUUCUGCUUCUCGACGUACCGUCGGCCAUAGCACGGCUGCCACUCGGGGAAUUGAGGAUCGGCGCGAUACGCGUCCACCGAGUAGAGUCUGCGGCUCGCGUCCUUGCGAUACGACAGCAAGUGCGUCCAAAUGACGGGAUCCGGGUACCCUUCAGGCUGCGGAGCUCCGAACGCUUCUCCAGGAGGGACGACUUUGUUCUCCAUUGCCUCUUUCUCCAGUUUCUCGUCACGCUCACCCGUUAGUUUGUGCUGGUUGCGGUGCAAGAAGAGGACCUCUCCUGCCGCAUCGUGCUGCACCAUAGUCAUCCCGCA